GGUUGAAAGUUCGUUGUUGGAGAUAAAAUCAUUGUAUGUACAUCCUUUGUAUGAUUGGAUGGCUGCUUUAAGUGGUCGCUCUUUUUCUAGUUGUAUGUAACUUUCAAUGAUGUUUGUAGCCUCCCUACUACACUUCCUGUUUACAUGGGGAACAUUUCCAUUUUUCCUUUUCAAUUACUUAUCAAAAAAAAAAAAAAAGAAAAAAAAGAAAAUUGGGCCAAUUUAUCUGUCAAUGUUCUCCUUGCAUUCAAUAAAAGUAUUGUGGUUUGUCUCAAAUCUGUUGGGUGGUAGUCUCUGAUAUGUAUGCUGAGAUAUUUCUUUUGUUUUGGGUUUUGUUGAUGUUCUGACUUUGUCUGAUUGUGUUUGCUGCUGUCUUGGUGUGCAAUGUAGGAGAGAAGAAGUUUUUAAUUUGGGAUAUUGUAGGUGAAUCAGAAAGAGCUCAAGUAUGGGAAAAAUGUUGACCAAUAGAGAUGCAUCUUUAAAGGUCUUAGAGAUAUUGAAUGGAUCAGAUUCUAGAAACAUUCUGGUAAAAAUGCUGCUUCAAGGUUAUGAGCCAAAUCAGGAACCUUAUCUCUCAAUGAUGCUUCAAGCACAUUAUGAUAACCUCUUGUCUGAUUUGAAAAGUAGAUGUCGAAUAUUUGUCCCAAAGGGUCGGAUCCUGGUUGGUUGCUUGGACGAAACCGGUAUUUUAAAUUAUGGCCAAGUGUAUGUCCGCAUUACCAUGUCAAAAGCAGAACUGCAAUCUGGGGAUCAGAGUUUCUUCCGGAAGGUGGAUGAGACAACAUGUAUAAUAGUAGGGAAGGUUGUUGUGACCAAAAACCCUUGUCUUCACCCAGGAGACAUCAGAGUUCUUGAGGCUAUCUAUGUAGUGGAAUUAGAGGAAAAGGGUCUGGUGGAUUGCCUUAUCUUCCCUCAGAAUGGACAACGACCACAUCCAAAUGAAUGCUCUGGUGGUGAUCUUGAUGGAGACCUGUACUUCAUUAGCUGGGAUAAAGAUCUCAUCCCCCAUCAAACUGAGGCCCCAAUGGACUACACAGGGAGACGACCUCGUAUAAUGGAUCAUGAUGUGACAUUAGAGGAAAUCCAAAAGUUUUUUUGUUGAUUACAUGAUCAAUGAUACUUUGGGUGCCAUCUCAACUGCACAUUUGGUUCAUGCUGACCGUGAGCCAGAUAAUGCCCUAAGUAAAAAAUGUCUAGAGUUGGCAAACCUUCACUCAAUGGCCGUCAACUUUGCAAAGACUGGUGCACCAGCUGAAAUGCCCAGGGUUUGGAAACCAAAGGAGUUUCCAGAUUUCAUGGAGAGGGUAGACAAACCCAUGUAUACCUCCAACAAUGUAUUGGGCAAGCUCUACCGUGCCACUGUUGAAUCAACCGUGCAAGAAAGGCCAAACUUGGUCCAGUUGGAGAAGUUUUCUAAAGAAACUUACGAUAAUGAUCUUGAAGUGGAUGGUUUUGAGGCCUUCCUUGAAAUUGCAGAAAAACACAAAGACCAAUAUAUAGAGAAAAUGACUAGCUUAAUGAAAUAUUAUUAAGCUGAGACUGAGGAUGAAAUGCUAACAGGUAAUCUGCGGAAACGUGCUGCAUAUUUGCUUCGUGAUAACAGGAGAUAUGGUGAUUUUAGGGAUCGGAUUUUGCUCUCAAUGAAGAGGCUGCAAAAUGAAACCAAAGAAUGGUUUGAAAUGAGUUGCAAACCGCAUGAACGUCAGCAGAUGGCCUCAGCAUGGUAUCAUGUUACUUAUCACCCUACUUAUUACCGGGAAGACUUUAAUUGCUUGAGCUUUCCAUGGAUUGAAGGUGACUAUUUGUUAACAUUAAAAAAUUGAAUACCGGAAAAGUUCGCAUAAAAACAAGUCACAAGUAGCCAAUUUGUGUUCAGGAAGAAUUUAAGUUUAUUAUUUUCAGUUUAUCAUUGACAAGAAUUU